CACACUUCUUCUUCUCUUUUUCGUUUGUAACAUAGACAUACUUCUUUUGAUACCAGAAUGUUUCGAAAGCGGAAGCAGAAACAGAUGUUGGAAGAAGCCCGCAGGCGGGAAGCGGAGCUAGAACGCCAGAAACGUAGCCAAAUAUCGCUAGAGGAACUUCAACUUUUGCGUGAUUUCAGGACAUCUCUCAUCAUGCCACAUCUUGCCAAAGAAUUCGACAUUUUACGAAGCUCUUCUCCAGAGAAUACCAUAGAGGAAGCCCCCGAACCGUCAACUUCGGAACAGAAACAAACAUUUCAGAACGUCGCUCCACUUUCCCCUCCACCUCGAAAGCCCAAGGCUCCUGUCAUAACAAACACUCCCACGGGAAGUGCUAUCCAAGUGUCUCCCUGGAUGGAACAGAACAAUCAACAAUAUUCAGUAGAGCAACCUUUAACUCCCAUCAACGAAUCGUUUGAAAAACAAUCAACGCCUAGUAUUUACUCCACCACAUCCACUUUGGAUUCUGAACGUUCAGAUCAAUAUUCAGAUCAGUAUCGAGACCUAGCCGCCUGGAGAACGGAACGCAACAAACGACAUUAUUCGAAUCAAAUUUUCGGAGGCAAGCAAAGGCUGGACCAUUAUCGCUUAGCCAAAGAAAAAUCAAAGACAAGUCUUCACGACUCCACCCUACCUGAAAGCAACGAAGUUCCUAUGCCUGUGGAUAAACCUUUGCCAGUAUUUGAACCAGAGCAAACUCACAUGGUUGAGGAUCUCAGCGUGGGAGAAGAGAAACCUGCACCUCCUGCUGUUGUCGACAACGUCGCCGCCUCUAUUUUCCCGAAAGAGUUGACCCUGUCUAUGUCACAGCCGCUUAAGCCUCUGCCCACAGCAACCAGACCAAAACCCCGUGGUAGAACUCGUCCAGAUAUCCGACGUUAUAGCAUUGAUCCAUUGAGUAAAUGGAUGGACCAUACCACCACGGGUUACGAUUAUGAUCAGUCGCUGGAGUUGAACGAAAAUUUUUUCUUCAAUGAUUUUGCUCCUGAUGCUGAAAACCGACGUCCUAGACCAAAGUCAAGGAGAAUGAGCAAAGCGGCGGCAAAGCUAUUGGCUGAGAAUCCUACAGGCAGAGUCAAUAAUCCUGGAAAGAUUGACUUGGCCGCCAUUGCAAAACAUUUACAUGAAAACCGUCUAUCAGUCAUACAAGAGAGGAAACGAAUUAGUGCCACGGAAGCAGAUGAACAGGAACUUGCUCGCCUUUUAGCCGAUCCACAGCAAGCGAAUAUUUUGGAAAUGCAUCGGGAUAAUGCCCUACCCAAGGCUUCCCAACCUCCUCCUACAACUGCACCUAUCUCGAACGAGCAUGCCAUGUCUUCGGCACAAGCUGCGUCUGCUGCCAUCAUGCGAACUCGAAGUGCAUCCACUAGUAAAGUUGAUAAAUCUAUGCAUGCCCCAGACCUUUCAAAGCCUACUGGCCUCACCUCAUCGGCCUCAAUGCGUAUCUCCCCACUGCAUUCCACAUCGUCUGGUCAUGCCGGCAAUGCUCGUCCUAUACACUUCCUUGGCAGAAGCCGUAUGGAAGAAUCAAUCAUGGAUGACACUAAGGAUAGUUCCCCGGCUGAUGUUGAAACUGCAUUCGAUAAUAUAAAUAGUGUUGAAGCACCACCUCAUCAUGAUGUUUCAAGAAAAAUACAACUGAAUGAUAAACCUGUUCUCAGCCGCGCUGGAAGCACUGUGGAUCGGUCACCCAGUACUCGUCUAGCUGCCAUUCAAGGCAUUCAGAAACAUUUGCGGCAACAGUCUGUUCACAAAUCGCAGCCAAGCUCGGAAGGAGAAGCGGAUACACAGGAAGAUGAAUCACUAGAUAUUAUUGAGGAAAUUCCCACUACGCCCAUUUCUGAAGAAGAACCAAAAUUGUUUCGAGAACAGAGUACGAGCACGCCGAUCAAUCUCAAGUCUCGAAAAGAUAAACCACGAAUUGCUCUUUUGGAUUCUGCUACUCCUGAUGUGUCUGAUCCUGCGGCAUUUGUUUCACCACGUUCAGCACCUGCCCCACCAACUGACUCUACUGAUAGUUUGGCCAACAAAGACAUGGCUCGAUCUGGAUCAAAAUUGCAUGAUGAUCGUAAAUUCAAGCCUUCUAUGUCUCGAAGCAGGACCAAGUCAUCCAAUGAUACCGAUGAGGAGGAUGGAAAGAGUGGCUUCUUACAAUUCAGACGGCAAGUCUCCAAACUUAGACGACCACGAGCAGGAAGUGAAUCAGGUACUCCACCCAAGCUAAGUGGACUGAAACAUGCUGUAUCGAAUGACGCAAUGAAUGGGCUGUCGAGUUACAGCAGUGUCGAGAAUAUUCGGGACGCCAAGUCAAGCCGCCUUGUAAAUAUUAGUGAUAGUGCAACCUCUUCCACCAACGAAAAAUUGGCAUUGCCAAACAAUGGACAACCCAGAAGAUCGAUUAGUAUGCGUGAAAUUCGUAGCCCAUCCAUGGAAUCAGACGAUCCUUUUGGUUCAUUGAGAUCCAAACAACCAAAGACAAAUGGAGAAGAUGAUGCCUUGCGCAGCAAGAACCUCUCACAUGAUGUUUUGCAUCGGCCAACCGCCAGUAUUUCGUCUUCGGUCAGCGGAUCAAGUGACGAACGAUUCUCGUCUUUCAAGCACUCCGGUAGUGGACGGUCGAAUUCUGAAGAUUCCGCUGGAUCGCCUCAGUUAGCACCUCGUAAUCCUUUACGACACAGUCGAGAUGAGAGUGGCAAGUCAAGAUCUACCAUCAGUCGAUCAGGCAGUGCUCGUGUUUCGGAACGCAUCAGCCAUGAACACAAGGUUGUUUCUCCUUCCAAACUUAAAGAAGGUGAUAACAGUCCGAGAUCUCAUUUGGGCAAUUCAAAGUUGACACCAGCGGCUUUAAUUGCUAUGAAACAUUCUGAAGACGUUAAGGACAACACUCCCGCUAGAAUUGAUACGGCAAAGAGAGUGGAGAAACAUACUUCUGGGCCUAAAGGAAUUCGAAUGCUCUCUCAACUACUUGGUAAAUCAGGGAAAAAGAACUCAACCAAGCGUGUCAAUGGUAACAUCAUGGAACCAAACAGGGCACGUGGUCAAGAAUCACCCCCCACUGAUGUGCGCAAAAGUCGAUCUUCAGCUAGAUCUCAAGUGGUUCGACGAACGAUCAUUUACGUGCAACCUGAAGACGUGGAUGAUCAAACCGGCAACCCCAUGGCCUAUCCCAGUCUCAACAGCAUUCAGGAACGUACGUCGUUAUCUUCAGACUCUAGUCAUAUCAACUCUCCAGAUAGUGACACUGGCUAUGAAUAUGUUACUGCUAAAGUUAUCACAAGACAACCAUCCCUCAAAAAAACUGUGGUUGACGCAGAGCAACCAAAAGCGGCUACCAGCAACGGACUGACUCGAAAGGGUACCAAUGGUAGAAAAUGGAGAUUGGAAAAUGUCGAUGAAGAGACCGUGCCUGAACCAAGUGUCAAGCCAACCGGUGUGACUGACAAUGAGACCUUACCAAGAUCAUCCACAUCGUCAUCCGUUCCUAGAAGUAGCUAUGAUAACGAUAGUAUCUACAAAUUCUACAAUAGUCGACAAAGCACAUCAGAUCGAUCUCUCGACAGUGUUCAAAGAGCAUCUAUGCGUUCUGCUGCCCACGCUCAAUUAGAAGGUCUUGAAGUACGCGAAAUGAGUGACGGAAGUGUUGUAUACGGUGUUGUCAAGAAACAUCCAAAUGGUCGACGAACGUCUAUGUUGCUGCCAACCAAUCAGGAGCAUCACCCUGUGGAGACGGAAAUUCUUACCAGUGACGAAGAUGAAGAUGAAAUCGAAGAACGAGUUCUGCAAUUGAUGGGUUUCAACCCUGACUCACCAAGACUUAGUGAUUUCAUGAAUGGCGACCGCCGAUCUAAAAAGACUUCAAAGGACAUAGCGCCAAGUAGAAGCAGCGAACGCAGUCCGCAGCAUCGCCCGCCACCACAAUACCCGCCACCACCUAUUCCAACUCGAUCACCUCGCAGAAUGGCCUCCAUCAAACAACAACAACAACUGAAGCCCAAGGUGUCGCGUGUGCAGGAUCAUCGCGCUAAACACAUUUCAACUAUCUCUACAAAGUCGCCUGAUGGCGGUGGUGCUACUACUGAUAUCUAUAUUGCUGAAGAAGUCACUCUUUCUGGACUGUUGGAUAUGAUUAAAGAUACUGCCGAUGUCAUGGAUGACUAUUAUGGAGACUAUUACUCUGACCAAACCUAUUUCCCUGACUCUGAUACUGAAGCGCCGAGCGAUCGGAUGCCCAGGUCAGCUACGGUAGAAGAGAAAUUGGACGACGCACUCAAGACUUGGGAACAAUCCUCCAGCAGCAGAGAGCAUCCGCAUUUUCGAUGAUCGAUCAAGCUCAGACUAAUUUUCGCAUGAUACCUCUCCUACGUCUUCCACAUAACUCGUAAACCUUUACAACCAAAAAACCCCCAAAAUCCACAAGCUACCUUUCUGUUUUCCUUCAUCUCUCAUUAGAAAAAAAACCCCCCUCCCUCUCAUACCUUAUACUCAUCUUACUCAUCCCCUCAUUUCGAUGCUGUGCACACCGGUUACAAAAAAAUAUUAAGAAUAAUAAAAAUAAUACUCAAAUUUAUAA